AUGCAGUUGCCGCAUGCCCCUACUCUGUUGCAACUCGCCGAGUGGAAAUUAGCCCAGGAAAGUUUUAGGAACUAUACCAACGAGGAAAGUUUGCUGAGGACAAUUCAGUCGCAGGAUAGGACCAUUACACAAGAACUCGCACCAUCGUUGGUCAUCCAUGCCACUGCAGGAGCGGAAGUGGAAGAGGAAGACGAGCAGGAAGACGAUGAAGAGGGCGCUGAGGAUGAUGCCAUUAAGGAGGAUGAUAAUGCCGACGUGGAGUGA